AUGAAGAACUACUCUUGCCUAUCACUUGUGAAGAGAGGGCAAAAGAGAGAGAGAGAGAGAGAGAAAGUUACAAAAAGUUACUACAAAGUUAGAAAUUAA